AUGCCGCUCAGCUCGGCCACAGACAUGGAUCCCGGAUCCAGCAAUCCCAGCAAGACCCAGAACCGAUCGGCCUCCACCGGGCCUGCCGGGGACUCUAAGCCUAAGAGUGACGGAAAAAGUGGCAGCAGUUCAAAGCAACGCUACAGCCGCAAACGUGAAAAUUCUUAUCCCAAAAAUGAAAGCUUUGCCGCCCGGCCCGCCGCUCCGGUCCACAGAAAAGCAAAACUUUAGGUUCCACCUCAGAGAGGGGGCACUAAACAGUUUACCUAUGGAAGACGAGAAGAGGUAGCAGAGACUCAACGGGCAGAGUUCAGUCCAGCCCAGUAUUCAGGACCUAAGAAAAUAAACUUGAACCACUUAUUGAACUUUACCUAUGAGCCCCGAGGUCAUCCUGGUGCACAUAGAGAUAGCCAUGGAAACUGGAGCAGACGCAACAAGUGGGGCCACAAACCAUUUAACAAGGAGUUGUUUCUGCAAGCAAAUUGUCAAUUCGUUGUAUCGGAUGAUCACGAUUACAGUGUCCAUUUCACUGAUCCAGACACUUUGGUUAGCUGGGACCUAGUGGAACAAGUGCGCAUUUGCAGCCAUGAAGUGCCCUCCUGUCCCAUUUGUCUUUAUCCCCCGGUUGCUGCCAAGAUUACCCGCUGCGGGCAUAUUUUCUGCUGGGCUUGCAUCUUACAUUACUUGUCACUGAGUGAAAAGGAAUGGAGUAGAUGUCCAAUUUGUUAUAGCUCCGUUAUGAAGAAAGACCUUAAAAGUGUUGCUGCCACAGAAACUCGUCUUUAUAGCGUGGGUGAUACCAUCACGAUGCAGCUAAUGAGGAGAGAAAAGGGUGUCCUUGUGGCAAUGCCCAAAUCUAAGUGGAUGAAGUUGGAUGAGCCUAUUCAUCUGGGAGAUGAGGAACAUAGUUUGUUCUCCAAGCUUCUUCUGGCUUCCAAAAAGCAGAUCUUGAAGCAGGUCAUAAAUGAAGAGAAGGCAGCACUUGUGGAGCAGUACAGUGUUGAGGGGGAAACUCCUGAAGCCUGUUUUAUAGAAGCUGCCAUUCAGGAUUUAAAGGAUCGCCAAGACCUCCUUCAGGCACCCUGUAAACAGGAUGUUGGGUCCACUGAAGCCGACACUGAGGUUUUGGAGGUGGAGACACACUCUCAAGAGAAAAAGUCAGACUCUGACUAUAGUGUAGUGCAUUAUGUGUCUGCUUUUGAUGAGGAGGUUGAGGAUCCAAUAUGUGAAGACUUGUGCCAGUCUUUAGAGUCUGCAAGCUUGGCACCUGUCUCUGCUGAGGGCAGUGAUGUUGUACCCACAGAGGAAACUACUUUUUCUCAAAAGAGUAAGCCGGCAGCUGUUCCAUCCAGCUCUGGACCACCUCACUACUAUUACUUUUACCAAGCUGUAGAUGGUCAGCACAUAUAUCUGCAUCCAGUGAAUGUGCGCUGCCUUGUCCAUGAAUAUGGAAGUCUGGAGCAAUGUCCUGAAACUAUCACUGCUACAGUGGUAGAAAUUGAUGGCUUCACUGUGACGGAGGAGGUGCGCAGACGUCACCGUUAUCUCUGUCAUCUGCCUCUUACCUGUGAAUUCAGUAUUUGUGAGAUGGCACUUGGACCACCUGCUGUUUCAGAGCAAACUUUGUCUUACUUUGCUGAUGAAGUAGAGAAGAGAAAAAGGCAGCGGCAGAGAAAGGCACGCGACGAACGUCGCAGAGAGAAAAGAAUCGAGAUUGAAGAAAACAAGAAGCAAGGAAAAUAUCCUGAAAUGCAUAUUGCCCUGGAAAACUUGCAACAGUUUCCUGCAGUGAGUUCCUCUGCUGAGCUCACAUUCCCAGGUUUAUUUUCUGUGCUGUCCACUGCAGAUUCACAAAGCUCUAUGUCACUUUCGCCACUAAGCUGCAGCCCAGCUUCACAGACUGGUCCCAUGUUUUGCCAAGGUGCUGAAAGUCCCAUUGAUCCUCCUGCAAACCCAGAGGACAGUGGCCAGUGUCCUUCCUUUGCUCAGAUGCUAAGGGUUGGAAAAGCAAAAGCAGAAUCAUGGCCCAAAGCUGCAAUAAAGAAAGAAACUCCAGCAGUGAGCACAGGCCCUGCAGACAGUGAUGGGGAGAGUGAUUGCUCUGAAAGGGUCCCAGUACCAAGCUUCCAGAAUUCAUUUAGUGAGGCCAUGGAAGCAGCCUUUCUGAAGCUGGACUCUACGCUUCCUACUCCUCCUUUGUCAAUUGAGAAAGGAGGGAAGAGAAAGAAGAAGCAAAAGAAACUUCUGUUUAGUACCUCUAUGGUUCACACAAAAUAA